AUGGUUCGCAUCAUCCUCCCCUCGGCGCUCUUCAUGGCCGGCCUCGCGGCGGCCGCCAUCUCGGUAGACGGCAGUUGCGGCGGCACGCUGGGCAACACGUGCCAGGACAGCGCGUUCGGCAACUGCUGCUCGGCCUACGGCUACUGCGGCAGCACGGCCAUCUUCUGCGGCGCGGGCUGCAACCCGGCCUUUGGCACGUGCGACGCCGGCCAGGCCGACACGACCAACGUCUCCCAGGACGGCAGCUGCGGCAACGUCGGCGGCAAGACGUGCCGCGGCAGCGUCUUUGGCGGCUGCUGCUCCGCCCACGGCUGGUGCGGCAGCUCCGACGCCUUCUGCGGCCCCGGCUGCCAGGACGCCUUUGGCUCCUGCAACGCCCCCUCCGCCACCGCCGCCAACGUCUCCCAGGACGGCGGCUGCGGCAAGGACCACGGCGACCAGACCUGUGCGGGCAGCCCGUUUGGUAGCUGCUGCAGCGCGUAUGGGUACUGUGGAAGCGGUGCUGAUUACUGCGGUCAGGGCUGCGAUGCUGCCUUUGGUACUUGCAGCGGUGCUUCGUCUGCUUCGUCUGCUUCGUCUGCCUCGUCGACCCAGUCGUCGACUCAGUCAUCGACUCAGUCGUCGACUCAGUCAUCGACUCAGUCAUCGACCCAGCAGUCCACAUCGCCUUCAUCAACCCAAUCGUCAACGUCGACUUUUGCUUCUUCGCAAUCGACUUUGUCGUCCGUCUCGGCCGAUUCCGCCACGAGUGUGACCUCGACCUCGACUUCGACCUCGACUUUCGCUUCUUCGCAAUCGACUUUGUCAUCUGCUUCGGCUGAUGCCACCACGGAUGCCACUUCAACCUCAGCCUCGACCUCUACCUCGGUUGAUGCCACUACUGAUGCGACGUCAAGCUCGACCUCGACAUCCGCCUCUGCCUCGGCUGACGCCACCACGGAUGUGGACUCGACUUCGACAUCUGCUUCAGCUACCUCUGCUACUCCUUCGUCUUCAUCCUCGUCGUCCUCUUCCACCGUCGCGACACAGCAGACCACGUUGAGAACCAGCACCGUCACCCCUACCACCUCCUCCAGCAGGUCAAGCACUAGCACUUCGUCCAGCUCGAGGACCAGCAGUAGCAGCAGCAGCAGUAGCAGCAGCAGCAGCAGCACUACUUCCAGGGCGUCCACCUCGUCUACUUCCACGUCCAGGACUUCUUCAUCCACUUCUUCCUCCAGGACUUCCACAAGCUCUACCAGUACCACCUCGACCACCUCGACCACCUCGGCAGCGCCUUCGUCGACCGUCAAGGUCAGCACCGACGGGAAAUGCGGCAGCACCAACGGUGGAACAACCUGCCCUGGAUCUCAGUGCUGCUCCCAGAACGGCUUCUGCGGCACCAGCGAUUCCUUCUGCGGGUUCGGGUGCCAGUCGGCGUUCGGCACGUGCGCGACCUGCCCGGGCCCCGUGUGCAGCAGCACGCUCAGCAAGGCGCCGACGUGCAACGGCGACAACGGCAAGUGCUGGGUGCAGAACGGCAAGAAGUUCUACGUCGACUGCGGCGGCAAGUCGGCGACGGGCGACGUCGUCGGGUCCGACGCCAAGGCCACCACGCUCGACGCCUGCAUCGUCGCCUGCUCAAAGAACGAUAGGUGCGUCGCCGCGAGCCUGUCCACCGCCGCCGGCCAGACCAACUGCCAGCUGCUCGGCUCCUACAACGGCAGGAGCACCAGCUCCGGCGCCGUCGGGCAGCUGGCUUAUGUCAAGCCUAGCACUUGCAAGUAG